CACGGUUUGAAUUAGCGGAGAGACAAUACUAUAGUCGUAUCGUAAAUAAAUAAUAUUUUGUUUUUUAUUAGGGAGCAAUGUCUUCAGUUGGCUAUUUUAGGGAGUUUGUUAAAGAGCGACUUACUGCUGCUGCUGAAGAAAUAUUCGGAGUUUUUAUAAAAACUGUCUUCGAGUACGAGGAACAGAUCGACCGUCAGCGCAGACUGUUGGAUAUCGUUUGGAAACCUGAAAUAAAGUUACACAGGAUAGAGCUCCCACAGCAACGUGUCUGUGAGGAGGAGGAGGAGGAGGAGGAGGAGGAGGUUCCUGCUGACCAGCAGCUCUGUAUUCAGGAGAGGAACUCCAGUCUGGACCAAGAGGACCCAGAGCCUCCACAGGUUAAAGAGGACCCAGAGCCUCCACAGGUUAAAGAGGACCCAGAGCCUCCACAGGUUAAAGAGGAACCAGAGCCUCCACAGGUUAAAGAGGAACCGGAGGAACUCAGCACCAGUCAGGAGGGAGAGCAGCUUGUAGUGAAGCAGGAGACUCCUACUUAUGAGGAAAGUGACUACAGUGAAGAUCAGACUACGUACAUAACUCCUGAUGACACAUUGAUUGCGGCGGAGACAGAGUCUGUAUUCAUUAUACCAGUUAGAAGCUCAGUGCUACAUGAUACAGCCAGCUACUACCAGCUCCUCUCUGGUGAUCAAUUGGAGCCAAAACAACAGAAAACCAGAAGUCACAUUAACAAUGUAAGCAGUCCUAACCUGUCAGAGAAUAACUGUAAAACUGACCAAGGUAAAAAGCCUUUAAAAUGUGACACAUGUGGAAAAUAUUUUAAGAUUAAGUCACUAUUGCAGAUACACCAGAGAAUCCACACAGGUGAGAAGCCAUAUUCUUGUAAAACUUGUGGAAAAGAUUUCCGGCAUAAUAAUACCUUAGUGAUCCACAUGAGAACACACACAGGUGAGAAGCCGUACGCUUGCAAUACUUGCGGGAAAAGAUUUGCUGACAAUUCAUCAUGCAAAAAGCAUAUGAAAUCCCACAUAAGUUAGAAUCCGCAUUCUCAUAAAAUAUCAGGAAAAAUAUUUUGAAAUUAGUUGUGACUUUAAAAAUCCACAUGAGAAUCCAAAACAGUUGAGAAGCGGUAGACUUGUAAAACGUGGGAGAGCUUUCAGACAGAGUGGUGAUUUGAUCAUCCACAUGACAUCACAUGACAGAAGGCCACACUGGUGAGAAUCUCUUCAAAAGAUAGAAACCACUGAGCUGAUACUACAGUAGAAAUGUUUUGUCAAACGGAAUGAAAUGCACCUUUGAAGCAGCAACAUCUCUGUUACUGAAUGUAAAACAUUUUUUCACACAGAUGAGAUGUCAAAAUCUCAAGGUAAAGUUUCCCUUGAUAUGACUUGAUUAAAAUAAUGAUGUGAUCCUGAUUGUUGUUGAUUUUGCCAAAUGUACAUUUACCAAAUAUGUCUUAAUCACUUAACAGUUUAAAACGGACUUAUAAUCUAGUCUGUGAUAGUUCUAUAUGAAGCUUCCUAAGCAUUUUUACAAAAAUUCAGAUUUUACAUUUGAGAUUGGUUGGCUUCUGUUUUAUACUACCAAGAAAGACUUCAUAUUGAAUGUGGCUUCUUGCUUUUUUAUUUUUUAUUUCAUUUUUUAACAAACCACCUCAUUCAUAUACCUGGCCACAUUUUUGGAAUUUCCCUUUAAUGACGUGCUGUAUUUUGCUGUCAAUGAUGUUACAGUCCAACGCUGCAACCAACUAAAAUGGGACACCAGUAAAGUGAAGUAAAAAUAAAUGAGCAUUUAAA